UUAAUAUUCUGAGUGUUAAACUCCAAAUUUAUUUCGUUCGUUUUAUAAAAACAGCAAACACUUAUUAAUAUUAAUCGUGGACCCUUGGUAUUUCCCACAGCUCAGCGAGCACCUGAAUGCAGCAUGGAAGUUCUGCUACCUCCGUGUCCUCCAACAUGGCGGCUCCUUCACCCGGUAGGUGUGGGUUCUUCGUGGAGAAAAAGAACCGUUUCUGUAAAAUGAUCGUCGGGAGAGGAAAAACGUUUUGUGGAGAACAUGCGACCAUGGAGGAGGGAAGCAGAAGUGGCAGCAGGAGGAUCAUCUGUCCUCUGGACCCCAAACACACCGUGAGUGAAGACAAACUGGACAAACACCUGAGGAAAUGUAACUCCAGAGAGAGAAACAAGCCUGUUUAUUAUGUGGAGAACAUAAAUGCUGGAUCAGCUGAUGGAGACAAGACUGUGCAGCAGGUGAGUCUGUGUGAGCGCAGCAGGACAGAGUUGGAGUCUCUGUUGGACAAACUGAGGACAGCGGUCAGAGGACUGCAGUGUGACCCGGAGGACAGCAUUCUGUCCCACCCUGUCCUCCAGGAGGAACUCAGCAACCCGAAAAACGGAGACUCUGCCCACAAACACCUGAAACAGCAGUCCUCUAUCUUAGGUCAUCUGGAGGAGCUGGGACUGUUGGCAGGGGGACGGUGCUUUGUGGAGUUCGGAGCGGGACGAGGGAAACUGUCUCACUGGAUCCACGAAGCCCUGAAGACCCGCGACCACCUGAAGAUCUGUGAAGACCUGCAGUUGCUGCUGGUGGAGCGCUGCAGCACCCGCUUCAAGGUGGAUGGGAAACAUCAGGAGGGUGGAGUUCAGUUUGAGAGGCUGCAGGUCGACAUUCAACAUCUGGAUUUAAGUAAAGUCCCUCUGCUCAGACAGAAGAAGCUCCCGAUAGUCGGAGUCGGGAAACACCUGUGUGGAGCAGCUACAGAUCUGGCUCUGCGCUGUUUGUUGGAAACACCAGGACUGGACCAGGAGACUGAACCACCGGCAAAACGCCUCAAAACAUCAGAACUGGCUGCUGACCCUGGUCCAGACUCUGGCUCUCUCUCUGAUGAUCCAGGACCUGAACAAGGACCAGCCUCUGACUUUGUUCCUGGCUCUGGUGCUGUCCUCGGCCUGGCGGUGGCGCUGUGCUGUCACCAUCGCUGUGAGUGGCGUCACUACGUGGGUCAGCAGUUCUUCCUGCAGAGAGGACUCGGAGCUGCAGAGUUCUCAGCUUUCUGUCGAAUGUCCAGCUGGGCCACAUGUGGACUCAGACCAACCAAUCAGAACCAUCCGUCUCAGGAUCCAACCAAUCAGAGAAGAGACGAUGAAGCGCACGAAGCAGCAGAGGAGACGGACGCUGUGAAUGGGUUUCUGGCGGCAGAUGAGCGGGAGCAUGUGGGUCGUCUCUGUAAACUUCUGAUCGACAGCGGCAGACUCCACUUCCUGUGGGCAAAAGGAUUCAAGAGCAAACUGACUCGAUACGUCGAUGCUCAGACCACUCUGGAGAACAUGUUACUGACCGCCGUGCCCCCCCCCCCCCCUCCUCCUGAUCAGUUAUUACUCAUCUGCACGACCAGAAAAACUGAACUGAUGAUGAGCUGCAGCUCGACUCAAAGAAACAAGUUUGUGUUUGUAAAAAAAAGUCUUUUAAUUGUGAAAAUCAUCGUCAGGCUCAACGUAUUGAAUCUUUAGUAAAGUUUGUAUUAAAGUGUUUUCAGUUGAUGUCCUCGAGCAGCUCACUGAUAUUCACAGUCUGAGUAACAACAGGAAACAGGAGCAGGUGAAGUGGUCACAUGACAAACUGUCUCAGAGUCUGUGAGUCACACGGUGGCUGCUGUAAAAACCUGUUUGAUUUAAAAAGUUGCAGAAGAAGAAACGCAGCGACGACUGUUUUAAUGUGAAGCCUCGUCGUUGGACUCUGAAACAUUCAGAACAGAAACACAUCGGACAUCAGACAAUUAUUUACAAUCAAAUACUUUAUAGUAAAAAGCUUAAACCUAAUUAAAUUAUUACUAUUAUUAUGAUUAAUUACUUAAGGGUUAAACCCUAAUUAGUUCAUAAAUCAAAUAUUUAUUUUAUUGUAAUCAACUUGAUGUCUGUUAAUUAUUAUUAAUUAUUAGUUAUUAGUAAUAGUGUUAUCACAUAUCUGUUAAUAUUCAUCUGACGUUUGAAUCAGAUCCAGGUUCACUUACGAGCUUUCAACUGUAUCUCCUGGCUGCCUUCAGAAAAUCGAACUGUGAGAAGCAGCUGAAAGCUCUGGCUGGAAAAAGUUAGUAAGUGAACAUUGACUUUAGAGUAAUUCAUCAGUUUGUUUUGAGUCAAAAAUCAAUCUCAUCUUAUUUCAGAAGAUUUUCACUGUGAAAUUAUUUUAUCAUCAUUAUAUCAACAUGAAGAAAGUGAAGGAACAUCACACCUUCAUGUCUCAAUGUGAAUAAAGUUCAAAGGUGAAAGUCACUGGGACUUGAACCAGA